AGAAGCAGCAGAAACAACAGAAGCAGAAGAAGACCGACCGACCGACCGACCGACCGACCGAUCGACCGACCGACGCAAUUUCCGCCUGCUCUCCUGCGGCUCCUCCUCGGCUGCCGUCAACCUUUUCUCCUCCCCUGUUCCGCCGCGCGAGAUGAGUGGUCUCGCCGAUCCCCCCUCUAGGAAUCUCCUCAUCCCUGGUGGUGCUAUCGAUGCGCCGGGCAAGACCCGAAAGAUUCCUGUCCUUGCCUCCUCCGUUCCAGCUUCCACCCAGUCCGCCGGUGAUCCCAUGGAGGUCACUCCUCCUGCCUCGGGCGCUGCGCCCCCCGUCCAUAGCAGCCCCGAUAGCGAUCGACUGGGCGCAAACAUCACCACUGCCACCUCCAAUGGCUCUGCUGAACCUGCGACUGUGAACCACCAUGUCACCCCCAUUCAGGCCAUCGGAGCUGCCGCCGCAGCUCAACAGCCCAAGGUCGUCCAGACCGCUUUCAUUCAUAAGCUCUACAAUAUGCUGGAAGAUCCUGGUAUCCAACAUCUCAUCUCGUGGUCGAGUACGAACGACAGCUUUGUCAUGUCCCCCACGUCCGAAUUCUCUAAAGUCCUCGCCCAAUACUUCAAGCACACCAACAUCUCGUCCUUUGUCAGACAGCUGAAUAUGUACGGGUUUCAUAAAGUGAGCGACGUAUUUCAUACCGGUUCUCCCGAUUCCGCGUUGUGGGAGUUCAAACACGGCAAUGGCAAUUUUAAACGGGGUGACCUCGUCGGAUUACGCGAAAUUAAGCGGCGUGCAUCCCGUCAUGCCUUGAUUCAUCGCGAUUCGUUCCCAGGCCACAAGACCGCUACUUCCCAGCCUGGCACCCCAGCUGAGCCUGUACCAGAUGCCACCGAGGCGCGCUUGAUGAACCUGGAACACUCCAUGUACGACAUGCACGCCCGUCUAAGUCGCGCCGAAGAAGGGAAUGUGACGCUUAAUGCGAGGUGCCAGGCAAUGACCGAGAGUUUGACCAGAUGCCAUCACUGGACUCUCUCGAUUUCACGGGCUCUGAGAAGCAUGAUUCCAGAUCGCGAGAGCCUUUUGUACCGAGAUGUGGCCAGCAUGCAGGCCGAACUGGAAAAGCAUCUUGAUGCUGUUCGAGCCCUGGAGCAUCCUCCAGACCCGUAUCUGGCCGUCCGACAACCUUUCGUCGCCAAUAUAGCUGUUGAUGCAGGCCCGCCACUGUCUCCGCGCCAGAUACCCCAAGAAGACAGCCGUCGCCCAUCGGUGAUGGAUCCAUCGAGGCCCAACAUGAUUCGACCGCCCGUACCCCCCCAUCUAGCUGUCUCACCUCGUCGUUAUGGCUCCAUUGGUACCGGAAACUCUUCCCCCAGCUAUAGCCGCCCGCAAGUCCCGUCCGUCAUCACGCCGCAACAUCCCAUGCCCCAUCCUCUGUCGUCCGUGUCCUCUCCACCAGGGCCAAACCUCGCCCGUCGACACACUUCGGCAGACAUCAGACAGCACGGCUGGCCGCCACCGGGAGUAUCCCCUUUUCCAACUUCCCAUGGGCCGGCGAGUCCUUGGUCCCCGUCACGACAUCGGACUCCGACGUCGAGCGAACAGCAGGUCCGGGACGUACUGGCCCAGUAUGACAUGGGCGCGCCACGACGUCUUCAGGGAACCUCUCGACACGCCACUCCACCUCUACACCUUGAUCAAUCCGUCGCCACCGAUAACGGUUGGCCUCUAGGGCCCAGGUUUCCUCGUCACGAAUCAUCCUUGCCUGCAACACGACGUUCUAGCAUGGCAAGCAAUGUCCAUUCCCUUCUUAACCCAGCCGACACUGCGGAACGACCAGAUGAAGACCAACACGCCAUGGCCGACGACAGAAAAAGAAAGCGGUUGGAAUAGACCCCGAGGACGCAACUGACCGUUUUGCUCACGGAGGAAUCUCAUGAGAGAGUUGGGGUGGUGGGGAUUUAUGACAUCGUCCUUCCUCCGGGCCUGAGGCCAUCAGUACAUUGUUCCUAGGGGUGCAUGUUUUCAUCGGGGGAGG